GAAACCCAUAUAAUCAGUUCCUUACUUGUGCACCAAGGAAAACGACUCAUAUUCCGCACCUCCUGCGUCGCAGUGGCAUGAUGAAGUUCCUCUUACCCCUCGCUUUUCUGUCAUUUCUCGUGCAGGCUCAAAUCUCGACCUUCAAUUAUCAGCUGUACAAGAAUGGCAUGAAGGUGGGCAGCCCUCUCGCAGACCUUCAACUGGCGUCGACCAUCCAAUGCGCCAUUCAAUGCAACAUGAAUCCCAGCUGCUACUCCUUCUCCCAGUCGCCGAACUCCGGAGGCGUCGACUGUCGACUGGCCGGAUGGAAACCGAGCCUCCAGGCGGAUCCAACUUGCGAGUACUUCCUCCAAAUACUCCCAGGUGGUGUCUCCAAUCACGGUACAAAUGGCAAAUUGAAUUUCUCAGGUGGCUACGCACUGGCACCAGGCACGUCGUCGUACGUGAAAACAGUCGUCACCACCACGAAGAACUGGAUCCAGGCCGAGGCAGACUGCGAAACAGACGGUGGCCGACUGGCCGUGGACACCAACCAGCCGAUCCACGCCUACAUGACCCAGAUGAUCUUGAGUCUCGGGAUCUACUCGAACGUUGGAGCUGGAACCGGAUACUUCUGGAUCGGUGGGCAGAGCACGAUCGACCCCUUUCACUGGAGACUUCUCGACGGUACACUCCUGAAUUACACGGGGAUAGGUCAAGGGCUGUUCCACCCGACCGAACCCAAUCAAGGUGGAGGAUGUCUGAUGAUCGCCGUCUACCAGGACACCACCUGCUGCAACGGACGCUGGGCGGAUAACGUCUGCGCCAUAACUACCUGGAGUUCCGGAUAUUUCUGCGAAAUCCAGGUGCCGACUUGAGUCAUUUCUGAAGAGAGGAAUUUUCA